GCGGGGGCGGGGCCGGGGGAGGCUCGCGCCGAGCAGGCCGGGGGGUCUCUCUCCCCGGCCCUUUGAACCAGGACCGUACAGAGAUGUGAUAAUGGAUCAUCAUGUUUCCACCAUCAAACCUCGAAGAAUCCAGAACCAAAAUGUCAUUCACCGCUUGGAACAGCGACGAAUCAGCUCAGGCAAGGCAGGUACCCACUGGCAUCAGGUCCGAGUAUUCCACCAGAAUGUCUUCCCCAACUUCACAGUUGUCAAUGUUGAAAAGCCUCCUUGUUUCUUGCGUAAAUUCUCGCCUGAUGGGCGCUACUUUAUUGCUUUCUCUUCAGACCAGACCUCUCUUGAAAUCUAUGAGUACCAGGGCUGCCAGGCAGCUGAGGACUUACUGCAGGGCUAUGAGGGGGAGAUCCUGUCCAAUGGCAAUGACCAGCGGUCAGUCAACAUCCGCGGCCGGCUCUUUGAACGCUUUUUUGUCUUGCUGCAUAUUACCAACGUAGCCGCCAACGGGGAGCACCUGAACCGGGAGUGUAGCCUCUUCACCGACGACUGCCGAUGUGUCAUCGUGGGCUCAGCUGCCUACCUCCCGGAUGAGCCGCACCCUCCUUUUUACGAGGUGUAUCGGAACAGUGAAUCUGUGACCCCCAACCCACGGUCCCCUCUGGAGGACUAUUCCCUUCACAUCAUUGACCUUCACACUGGCCGCUUAUGUGAUACCCGCACUUUCAAGUGUGAUAAGGUGGUCCUGUCGCACAACCAAGGGCUGUACUUGUACAAAAACAUCCUGGCCAUCUUGUCAGUGCAGCAGCAGACGAUCCACGUCUUCCAGGUGACCCCUGAAGGCACUUUCAUUGAUGUGAGGACCAUCGGCCGCUUCUGCUACGAGGAUGACCUCCUCACCGUGUCAGCCGUUUGCCCGGAGGUGCAACGGGACAGUCAGACAGGCAUGGCCAACCCUUUCAGAGACCCCUUUAUCAACUCCCUGAAACACCGGCUGCUCGUGUACUUGUGGCGCCGGGCAGAGCAGGAUGGUAGUGCGAUGGCCAAGAGGCGCUUCUUUCAGUAUUUUGACCAGCUGCGGCAGCUGCGCAUGUGGAAAAUGCAGCUUCUGGACGAAAACCAUCUGUUUAUCAAGUACACCAGUGAGGACGUGGUAACCCUGCGGGUCACAGAUCCAUCACAGGCAUCUUUCUUUGUGGUAUACAAUAUGGUGACAACAGAGGUGAUUGCCGUGUUUGAGAAUACGUCAGAUGAGCUUCUAGAACUCUUUGAGAACUUCUGUGACCUCUUCCGUAACGCUACCCUACACAGUGAAGUCCAGUUUCCCUGCUCAGCUUCCAGCAACAAUUUUGCAAGGCAGAUCCAGCGCCGGUUUAAAGACACUAUUGUAAAUGCCAAGUAUGGAGGGCACACAGAGGCAGUGCGCCGGCUGCUGGGCCAGCUCCCCAUCAGUGCACAGUCUUACAGCGGUAGCCCCUACCUUGAUUUGUCUCUCUUCAGCUACGAUGACAAGUGGGUGUCUGUCAUGGAGCGACCCAAGACUUGUGGAGAUCACCCUAUCAGAUGUCCAGUGAAUCUCAAGAAUCUUUGGAGAAACAAGUUCUUUGGAACCAAAAUGUUUAAGGAAAGCAGAGACUUCCAGGGAUAUCUCUUUCAGAUCUCAGUUCUUCCCUGAAACUCUCUCCUCUCAUCCCUACUCUGCAGGGGCCGGCAUGUCAAUGAUCAGUGCCAAGUCGCUCUGGACCUUUGAGAGAAAGGCUCCAUUUAAAUUCAGCAAAACCUCUUUCAUUCAGAGUCCUUGUAGAGAAGCACAGUGUACAUCAGUGAAAAGCCUAAAUUAGAUAAUUUUUAAAAGAACAGUAGCUUCAUUAUUUUCAAGUACACCGAGUAACUCCAUCUCAGCCAUGAAGUGUUCCUUUGUAGAAGCCCUUAGAGACUUUUCCUUAAUGAAUGGAUUAUAAUUAUUGGUAAUCAGCAUAACAGUUCUCUGCACUACGUGCUUCGAAAGGAAUUGAGUAUAUUAAGUGAUUUUGAUGUUCCAGAGGGCAAUUUUAUUUACAACAUUCAUCUGCUCAGUGUAUACCCUUUAUAGUUGUAACCCUCUGUUGUUUAAAAAGAAAAAAAGAAAAAUUCUGAAGACUCUCUCCAUCACACGACAUUUGAUUAUCAGAAGCAGAAAUAGUGCAGGAGGAGAGAGAUACAUAGUAGGACUCGUUCUUUACCUGUGGUGUCCCGACAGAACUGCGGGAACAGCUCAGGCUUGCGAGUGGGGCCAGGUGCAAACCCUGGGCUUCAUAAAAUAAUUUGAGUUCUAGUUUUUCUGUAAAAUGGGCUGACGUCUACUUUGCAGGGCUGAUGUGAGCACUAAAUGAGUAUUAAAGCUCUAAAUACAGUAAGUACUUAAUAAAUGCUAGCUGCCUUUCUCUAGAUUCCUUGGUCUGUGUGGGAGGCUCAUGCCUCUUUCAUGUCAGAGAGACUAUGCUCAGCCCUGAUGGUGCCUCUUCAUUCCUUGCUGAUCGAGAAGCAUGAGCUUGCCCCUUCUCCAGGCCCAACCCUUGCACAGGAGACCAGGGGCUUUUGAGGUGGGGUCUUUCUGCUGCUGCGGUCUCUGUCCCCGGCAGACCCAUGUCUGAGAAGACCAGAACAUCCCUGACCCUCUUUGCAGCCAAACACAUUGGAUGAAAAGGAGCCUUGUUUGCUGAGAGUUUGUUGUUGUUGAUUGUGAACGUGUAUUAAGCAUUUACUGUGGGGCCAGAAGCUAGGUAAGCACCUUACAUCGGAAGGUGUUCCUUUAUUUCAUCAAUUUGGGGAUGCAUUUUUCAGGAUUGGAGUGUAUCUAAUAUCAGUGUCUUAUCAGUGAUGCUAGACAGUGACUGUGACGUCACUGUUGUCACAUGUUCAUGUGACACACUUGUCGUCAGCCCUGUUGAGUAAUAUGCACUGGGGAUACCGUGUGCAUGCUAUUUAAAAUGUCUUCAAAAAGAUUACACUGUGAUUUGGUGCUGAAAUGAAAGGUUAUUUUGUAUACAGAAAGGUACAGAUGCAGAGUAGCGUGGUUAAUUUUGGUAUUAGUGAAGCAAAGGUUUGCCACUGAAGGAAUGAACGUGACGCCAUAUAUUUUUGCAAAGCAGCAACCAGGGGCUUUUUGGAACUGAGAAAGAAAGCAAGAUAACUACUGGCAAAUGAGGUUUUAUUGGCAUGCUGAUAUUAGUGCACAAGGAUUGCCUAUCAAACACCAAACAGGGCACAUGAAUGAAGGGGAAGUUAUCACAUGCCUUGGAAUAAAUGGAAGAAGUUUUAAUGCAGUGAGAGGCCUGGUGUGACCAAUUCAUGCAAAGCACAGGACUAAUCACUAAGGUGUGAACCAAAAUUGUCGGAAACUUCAUGCUGAUUUUGAACAGAAGCUGAUUAACUUCCAGGGGCCAUGUGAUUCCAAAUAGGAAGAAGAUGACACUAGAGCUGAAGUCAGGUGAAAAAUGCUGACACUGGCUGUUCUUCAGCAUGCCCCUCCUGCCUCUAACUCCAAAAAAGGCCUAAAAUGCUCUUUGCAUAAGUAUAUAUUUUAAGGCUCCUAGGACUUGUUUUAAUUCAACACACAGACAUGGAAAUGACUGUCAUGAAGGAAGAAGUCUGUUUUCCUUACAGGUCUCUAGACACAGGAGGCAUGGCGUGCCUUGCUUCCGUGGGGAAGCACCUGGGUCACUCAGGAGGUAGGGGAGCCAGGGGAAAUGUAGGUGAGAGCCUUUAUUGUGGUUUCUUUUUCUUUUUCUUUUUUUUUUUAUAACUUUUUUU